AUGCGCCAACUUGGCCUACUCGAAGAACUUCGCCAGUACUGCGUCAACGAAACAGGAAUGGAGCUCAUCGACCUCCACGGGAAAAGCCUCAUGCAAUUCGGCGUCACAAAAGCUGGAGACAAAGGCGGCACCUUCGAACUCACCAACGAAUUCGAAUUCAUGCGCGGCGACUUUGUAAAAAUGAUGUACACAGCCAGUCUCAAAGACCGCGAAACCCUAAACUCUCAGGGCCACACCCGCGGCAGUCUAACCUACCUCUUCAACACAACCCUCACUGCCAUAUCCCAAGACACCACCGCCCCAGACCUAGCAACUGCCACCUUCUCCACCGGCCAAACAACCCCCUACAACCUCAUCGUCGCAGCCGACGGCCAAAACUCACGCACCCGCCGCCUCGUCUUCGGCGAAGCAGCCAACACAGCAGCCUACACCUCCCUCAACACGCACGCCGCCUUCUACCACAUCCCCCGCUCCCCCCGCGAAACCAGCCUCGCACGCAUGUACUUUAGCCCCGAAAACCGCCUCACCAUGACGCGUUCCGGCGACCGCCCAGAAACGCAAGUGUAUCUCAUUCAACUGCAAAACGCACAGCGCACGCCUGUCCUCAAAGCAGCGCAAAAGUUGCCAGUGCGGGAGCAGAAAGAGGUGUGGGCGGAUCUGUACCGCGAUGCGGGAUGGGAGUGUGAGCGGUUCACGCGGGAGCUGGAUGGGGUAGAUGAUUUUUACGCGACGGAGAUUGUGCAGGUCAAGAUGCCGGGGAAGCAGUUGUAUUCGGGUCGAGUGGUGUUGCUGGGCGAUGCAGGGUACUGUCCUUCUCCUUUUACGGGCAUGGGGACUACCCUGGCGCUGAUUGGGGCGUAUGUGCUUGUGGGUGAGUUGGGGAGGCACGGCAAUGAUGUGGGUGCGGCGCUUAGAGCGUACGAGGAGGAGAUGAAACAGCCGGUUGAGGAGAAUCAGGAGUUGGGGGCUUUGGUUAAUGGGGGGAAGGGCAUCUUUCCUCGGUCUGCGUGGGGGAUUUGGACUCUUAAUACUGUGCUAUGGACUAUGUCGGUGUUGAGAUUGGACAAGUUGCUAGGGAUGGUGGCUGGUUUCGUGCCAGAGGGAAAGGGUAGUAGUGGGUGGAAGCUGCCUAAAUAUCCUGGUAUGAAUAUGGAGGCACUUUAG